UAAGAGGAGGAGCAAAACAGACUGGAACCAGACUGCAGUACAAAAUAACUAUUAUACCUAACCUUGUCGGAUGGCACCAUAAACGGAUAUUUUUUUCAAGCAAACGACGUUUUAAAAGAGCCGACAAACAUGAGCAGUUUCAGCAGGCAUAACCGACAUAGGACACCCCAGUUCUCCAGGACAACACACCUUGGCUCAUCCAAGCCUGACCAGGAGAGAGAUUCAGGCUUCUCAGAUGCCAGCUCGGAGUACCUCAGUACAGUCGAUCUGACUGACUCUGAGGACGCAGGCAUAAAUGGGUCAACAACCGGCCAGGACCCGAAUGGGCCUCAGGUGACUGUGAUGGGAGGCUCAUACGCUGGACUAUCUCCAAUGAUCAUCAUGAACAAUUUUGUCUUAAAGCAGCCUUCUGCCAUGACUCACACAGAAAAACAGUGGGGCUUUCCCUCUCCCAUGGAAGUGGUGCCUCAGUCACAGGUUGUUCUUUUGCAGCCUAUGGUACCAAACGGCAGCAGCAGCUCUUCGAAGACUGGUCCUGAAAAAAUAAAACAAUCCAAACGCCACAUGCCAAUCCUCAAGUCAUAUCCCAGAAUUGCCCCACAACCUGCAGACACACCAACUAAGAGGGUGGGAUCCUCCAGGAUGAGGGUGGGUUCAACAUAUGAGCAGAGACAGAGGAGGCAUCAUCGUGGCCACAGGCUCUGCUCCUCUCCCAGCCCGCAGUCAGCACUGCAGAGUACAAUCAAACCCAUCUCAGUCUUUAAAGCUGCAGACAACCAAGCACAGGCAGCGGAGAGUCAAAAGCAACUCACUGAUAUGUCUCUCUCAGUGUUGGCAGGGGCCAGCUCUCUGCCCCCCUACACGGAUGAUUUUAGGACUGAGAUUGACACCAACAUGUUGUACAACGACAAAGACCAGGACACCUUCUCCAUGGACAAUGAGAAACUGAAACGAUUCAGCAAUACCUACAACAUCCUCAACGUAUCUGGCCUACUGGGGAUCACCAUGCGCACAAAGCAGCUGAUCAAGGAUAAUAAGCGCACUCAAGGCCAGCUGCAACAGCUUCAGGAGCAAACGGCUCUGCUUCUGGAGGCACUGAGCAGCGGAGACCCACAGCUCUGGACUAAACUGCAGCUGUCUUUGCAGCACACAGACAAGGAGCAAUGGGCAGCUAAAGCUCAGAGAGUCCUGGUAUAAAUGAAUGAUGGACACAACCAUCAGUUAAAUCAAAGGGUCACCAGAUGAUUUGUUGAGGUUGAAAACAUAUAUAUCAAAUAUUUACAAUAACAGUGUUCUUCGCAUAAAAUGACAGCAUUUAGCAUUACAACUAAAACUAUAACUAAAUCUAUAACGAUCAUCUGAAUCAGCUCAAUUUCAAGGUUUAUGAAGAUAUUUGAAGCUGAAGCACUCCUACAGUACUUUUACCAAGUGGAGGUUUAAAAGCAUGCUGACUCUUUGAACCCUUGCCUAUAGUAUAUUUCUUGCCUUUCCUGCUUCAAAAUGGUAAGAAUCACUUGCAAUAGGGCUAUGGCUUCUAUAACCUGAACUUCUGAUAGCAUAAAAUGCAUGCCUUACAGCUCAUGUGAGGACACAUACAUGCCUUGAAUGUGAUUACUGUAGAGAUAAAGAUUUAGAGUUUUAAAUCAAACAGAAAACCGGAGUGAACACACGUGCCCUGCUUUUCAAUAUCCUCCAAAUCAUUAUUUAUCAACUGGGCGCUGUCUUGUUCAGUUUAACUCGUUUACUUUGUUUUGAACUCUCAGUAAACUAAACUGCAUGAGCCGAAGUCUUAUUUUAAUGAAAGAGUAUCCUGACAGCCUGUAUUCUCAAAGAAUAGCUGUUUAGCUCAAAGCACCAUUUUAGAUGGACUGAAAAAUGUUAACAUUGUUUUUAUAUAAUUUUGUUACGUGGUCUAAGUAUCAUUUAUGUGUUAUCAUGUUUCUGACCCAGACUAAAGCCAUGUCAUUGAUGGAAACUAAGCACAUGCAGAGGAAAUGUUUGCAAAGCAAGCUCCUUUUGUAAAAAGAUGGUGUCAAGAACUGAAAGCUUAAACUGUAGCAAGUGAAGUUAUGUAGCCAUAUACUUCACUAAUGUCUGCACUUACUUUGUUUCUGCCAUGUUCAUUUCAGCUAAAGGUAAAUGUUAUUAAGUCUAGACUUUAAAUGACAGCUAAAACAUUUAUUUUAGCUUCAAAUCACAGACUUGCACUAAGUUAUACGAUUACUGACAACAUUUUAGACAGAUGUUAUGACUCGUGUCCUUAAAUGAGCAUUCUGUUUCGAAACAUGUGAAUAUAAAUGCUAAUCUAGGUUCCUGUGCCUUUCUGAACAUGUCAAUGUUUGUACUUCAUUUCAAUAUUGAGCAGCUUAGAUUGUGAGUUUCAUGUGAAGGGAAGUUGAAUGUCCUACAUUUCAUCCAAAGACUUUGUGUUCUUGUCUGAAUCAGUACAGAUCCCAGCUAGGAUCUGCUUCUUUAGAGAAUAGCUUGAAUACAAGUUCAGCCGUUAUUGGGUCAAUUUUAGUCUUAAAUCUAGGUCAACAGUUGGAAUAUUUAUCUUGCAACAUUUUCUAUAACAUGAGUAACAACAACAUUAAGACAUAUUUAAAUCAGCCUUUAUUUAAAAGGGCAAAAGAGGGUUACAAAACUUUAUUAAGAUUUCUUUUUGGAGAUUGCUUUUCCUGUUGAUGUGAAAUGUACUUGUCUUGUUUCCUUAGCAACAGUCACUUUGACUAAUGAUGAACUCAUAAAAUGUUAAACAUCA